AUGGACGGUUACGACUUUCACACUGUUUCGCUCAGUGUCAGUAGGUUGGCGGAGUUCUACGGCAAACCUAGGGCGGAUAUCAGUCAGAGUAUCACGUUUACGUUGUUGUUUAGGAGUGUGGGCGCGGCGGUGUUUGGGAUGGCGGGGGAUAUGUAUGGGAGGAAGUGGCCGUUGUUUGUGAAUUUGAUGAUUAUUGCUGUAUUGCAGGUGGGGACAGCGUAUGCCGAUUCUUUCAAGGUGUUCCUUGCUGUUCGCUCUCUCUUUGGUAUCGCCAUGGGAGGUAUUUGGGGAUUGGCGGCCUCCAUGUCCCUGGAGAACAUGCCCGUCGAAGCCCGUGGUCUCUUCUCCGGUAUUCUUCAGCAAGGCUACGCCCUCGGCUACCUCAUCGGCGCAGUCUUCAACCUCACUGUCGUCCCUCACAGCCCUCACUCCUUCCGCGCUCUCUUCUACAUCGGUGCCGCCCUCACCGCUUUGGUCGCCUGCACUCGCCUCUUCUUCCCUGAGUCCCAGCAGUUCUUGGAAGCGAAGAGGAACAGGCAGAAUGGAUCACAUGCUGCUGCGUUCAUGAAGGAUGCGAAGAAGGUCUUGAGGAUGCAUUGGAGGAGGUGUCUGUAUGCUGUCGUGCUCAUGUCGGGGUUUAACUUCAUGUCGCAUACGUCGCAGGAUAUGUACCCGACAUACAUGCAACAAGGAAAGGGAUUUUCGGCCUCAAAGGCUACGCUCGCUACUCUCAUCGCGAAAGUGGGAGCCUUGAUCGGUGGCACAAUCGGAGGAUAUUACUCACAGUUCUGGGGCCGUAGGUUGACGAUCAUCGUCUCCUGCGUCCUUGGAAUCUGCUUCAUCCCCCUCUGGGUCCUCCCUACCGGCCUCGCUCCCCUCAUCAUGGGCUCCUUCUUCGUCGAAGGCUUCGUUCAAGCAGCUUGGGGCGUCGUACCCGUUCACCUUGCCGAACUCUCCCCUCCGGCUUUCCGCGCCGCAUUUCCCGGUAUCACAUACCAAUUGGGAAACAUGAUCUCCUCUCCCGCCGCCCAAAUCCUCACAACCGUCGCCGAAUCCCUCAAGAAACAAGUCACAGUCAAUGGCGUACGAGUCGAGAGACCUGAUUAUGGGACUACACAGGCCAUCAUGAUGGCGAUUAUCUUUACGUGGGUUGCAAUUUGGGCGGCGAUUGGGAAGGAGGAGAGGGGUGCUCACUUUGAGUUGGCGGCUGCGGCGGGGAGUGGAGAGGGUGAGAUUGGGAAGGGGAUUGUGGAGAUGCAGGAGGGGAGGGCGACGCCGACUGAGGUUAUGGAUUUGGAGAAGAAGGGUGGGGCUGAACAUGUUGAGAACGUUGCCGCGGAGCAAAGGAGAUGA